CACAGUGGAGCGCGCUGCGGCGGUGAGAAGUUGUGUGUGGGGAGCGUACCCCGAGUUGUUUAGGCAUCGGUAGAAACACAUGUAUAAUGUGUGUGAAGGAUUUUGUGCAGUUUUGACAGAAGUGUGUUGUGUGUUGGCUGAUGAGUGAUCUCUGAGGAUAUUCCGCAGUAACCGCGGCUUCAACAUGUUGCGGAAGACGGAUUAUUGUUUUUAUUGGACGCUUCUGUUCUUCGCUGGAUUGCAGAUUUCAUCCGUAAAUGGAUUCGUUUCGUGCUCACCAAACCCAUGCAAGAACGGUGGUACCUGCAUUACUGCCCUUCGAGCGGAGUCCUACUGCAACUGCACGUCGAUGUACGUGGGCGAGUACUGCCAGCACGCGAACCCGUGCCACACGGGCCCCGGGCCGCGCUGCCAGAACGGCGGCUCGUGCCACGUGCGCACGUCGCCGUCCGCGUCGCCCACGUUCACGUGCACGUGCCCCAUCGGCUACUCGGCGUCGCUGUGCGAGAUCCCGGUGGCCAACUCGUGCGACUCCGACCCCUGCCUCAACGGCGGCACCUGCAGCCUGCGGAGCCUCGAGUCCUACUCCUGCACGUGCGCGCCCGGCUACACUGGGCAGCACUGCGAGCUGCAGGAUCACUGCGCGUCGAUGCCGUGCCGCAACGGCGCCGACUGCACGUCGAUGGGCGACACGUACAAGUGCCGGUGCGCGCCCGGCUUCGUGGGGCCGUCGUGCAGCGAGGACGUGGAGGAGUGUCGCGACGACCCCUGCGUGCACGGCAAGUGUGUCAACACCCACGGCUCCUACAAGUGCCUGUGCGACUCUCGGUACACGGGGCAGAACUGUGAGAGCGAGUACAUCCCGUGCAGCCCCUCACCCUGUCUCAACGGCGGCACCUGCCGCGAGGUGGACCAGCUCAGCUACGAGUGCGUCUGCCCCCAAGGAUACCGAGGCAAGAACUGCGAGGAGAACAUCGACGACUGCCCGGGCAACCUGUGCCAGAACGGCGCGACGUGCGUGGACGGCGUGAACUCGUACACGUGCCAGUGCCCGGCCAGCUACACGGGCGAGCACUGCCAGCGGGACGUGGACGAGUGCUCGCUGCGGCCGUCCGUCUGUCAGAACGGCGCCACCUGCACCAACUCGGUGGGCGGCUUCUCCUGCAUCUGCGUCAACGGCUGGACCGGCGCCGACUGCUCCCUAAACAUCGACGACUGCGCCGGCGCCGCCUGCUUCAACGGCGCCACCUGCAUCGACCGCGUCGGCAGCUUUUACUGCCAGUGCACGCCGGGCAAGACAGGGCUGCUGUGCCACCUGGACGACGCGUGCACGUCGAACCCGUGCCACGCAGACGCCAUCUGCGACACGAGCCCCAUCAAUGGCUCCUACACGUGUUCCUGCGCCAGCGGCUACAAGGGCGUCGACUGCAGCGAAGACAUCGACGAGUGUGAGCAAGGAUCACCGUGCGAGCACGAUGGGCUGUGCGUGAACACGCCGGGCUCGUUCGCGUGCAACUGCACGCAGGGCUUCACGGGCCCGCGCUGCGAGACUAACGUGAACGAGUGCGAGUCUCAUCCCUGCAAGAACGACGGCUCCUGCCUCGACGACCCGGGGACCUUCCGCUGCGUCUGCAUGCCUGGUUUCACUGGAACACAGUGUGAAACGGACAUAGAUGAAUGUCAAUCCAGCCCUUGCCUGAAUGGAGGAAUCUGCAAUGAUUUGAUAAAUACAUUUAGCUGUGCUUGUGCUUUUGGAUUCACUGGAAAUAGGUGCCAGACAAAUAUUGAUGACUGUAUCAGUAAUCCUUGUCGCAAUGGAGGAAUCUGCAGAGACUCUGUAGCUGGCUACACUUGUGAUUGCCCACCUGGAUUCACUGGAAUAAACUGUGAAACAAACAUAAAUGAUUGCCAGAGUUCUCCUUGUCACCGGGGUGAAUGUGUGGACGGUGAGAACUCUUUUACGUGCAACUGCCAUCCAGGGUAUACAGGUUAUUUGUGCCAAAAUCAAAUAGAUGAAUGUGAAAGCAAUCCAUGUCAGUUUGGAGGCCACUGUGAAGAUCUAAUUGCCGGUUACCAAUGUCGCUGCAAGCCUGGGACGUCUGGUCCUAACUGUGAAAUUAAUGUCAAUGAGUGCUUCAGCAAUCCUUGUCGUAACAGGGCAAAUUGUGUUGAUGGAAUCAGCAAAUACACAUGUGAAUGCCUUCCUGGUUAUGCUGGGCAGCAUUGUGAAACCAAUAUAAAUGAAUGUGCAAGCAACCCUUGUGCAAAUGGGGGUCGCUGUAUGGAUUUAGUUGACGGAUUCCGCUGCGAAUGCCCUCGGGGCUAUUACGAUGCACGUUGUUUGAGUGAUGUUGAUGAAUGUGCUAGCAAUCCCUGCAUGAAUGGAGGCAGGUGUGAAGAUGGAGUCAAUCAGUUCAUAUGUCAUUGCAUACCUGGUUAUGGAGGAAAACGCUGUGAGCUGGAUCUGGAUGAAUGUGGAUCAAAUCCUUGUCAGCAUGGUGGAACAUGCUCAGAUAAGCUCAAUGCGUACUCCUGCAAGUGUGUACCUGGUUUCACAGGAAUCAACUGUGAAACUAAUAUCGAUGACUGUGCAAUAAACCCUUGCAAUAAUGGUGGUUCAUGUAUAGAUCUUGUCAAUGACUACAGCUGUGUCUGUGAGCUUCCGUAUACUGGUAGAGAUUGCCAGGACAAACUUGAUCCCUGUUCACCCAACAGGUGUCGGAAUGGAGCACGUUGUUCACCAUCUAGCAACUUCAUGGAUUUCUCUUGUUCAUGUGGUCUGGGGUACACUGGUCGCCUUUGUGAUGAAGAUGUUGAUGAGUGUGUGUUAUCUUCACCAUGCCGCAAUGGAGCAACCUGCAGAAACACUAAUGGCUCUUACCACUGCAUUUGUGCACUAGGUUAUGAAGGACGUGACUGCAUCACAAACACAGAUGAUUGUGCUUCAUUCCCCUGUCAGAAUGGUGGUACCUGCCUUGAUGCAAUUGGCGAUUAUACCUGCUUGUGUGUUGAUGGAUUUGGUGGAAAGCACUGUGAAAUAGAUAUUGAUGAAUGUCAAUCAUCUCCUUGCCACAAUGGUGCCACUUGCAAUCAGUACGUUAAUUCAUAUACUUGCACUUGCCCACUUGGUUUCUCUGGAAUGAACUGCCAAACAAAUGACGAGGACUGUACCGACAGUAGCUGCAUGAAUGGAGGGAAAUGCGUUGAUGGCAUUAAUAAUUACACUUGCAUAUGUCAGCCAGGGUACACUGGUUCAAACUGCCAAUAUCGCAUCAACGAAUGUGACAGUCACCCAUGCUCUAAUGGUGGAACCUGUCAAGACCAUGUGAAGUACUUCACCUGCCACUGCCCAUACGGUUACACCGGAAAAUACUGUGACAGCUAUGUAGAUUGGUGUAGCACUGAGCCGUGUAUGAAUGAAGCUACAUGUUUACAAACAAAGAAUACUUAUCAAUGCAUUUGUGCUCCAGGGUGGACUGGCAAAGUCUGUGAUGUUGAAAUGGUAUCGUGUAGCGAUGCAGCAUUACGGAAGGGAGUAAAUCGUGAGGACUUGUGUAAUAAUGGUACCUGUGAAGAUAUAGGAAACAGUCAUCGGUGCCACUGUAUGGAAGGGUACAGUGGCAGUUAUUGCCAACAGGAAAUUGAUGAGUGUGAAUCAGCUCCUUGCCAGAAUGGUGCUACAUGCAAAAAUCUAGUUGGUUCCUAUGCAUGCCAGUGUGCACAAGGAUUCCAAGGACAGAACUGUGAGCUCAAUGUGGAUGAUUGUAGACCUAAUCCUUGCCAGAAUGGUGGAACCUGCCAUGACCUGGUUGCCAGGUUCAGCUGUUCUUGUCCACCAGGAACACUUGGCAUCAUAUGUGAGAUUAACGUAGAAGACUGUGUGCCAGGAGCUUGCCACAACAAUGGUACUUGUGUGGAUCGUGUCGGUGGCUUCGAAUGCCGUUGCCCUCCAGGAUUUGUAGGUCCACGCUGCGAAGGUGAUAUCAAUGAAUGUCUGUCAGACCCAUGCUCCUCACCAGGAACACAAGACUGUGUCCAGCUUGUCAAUAAUUACCAUUGCAAUUGCAAGCCGGGCUACAUGGGACGGCACUGUGAAGUGCGUGUUGAUUUUUGUGCCAGUGCACCAUGUGCCAACGGUGGUAUUUGUGAAGCCCUGGAAGCAGGCCAUACGUGUAUUUGUCCCGAGGGCUACUACGGUCCAGACUGCCGUUUUGCUGGCUAUGGUUGUGAGUCGGACCCUUGUCAGAAUGGUGGUGCAUGCAGAGUGAUUGAUGGUGUAGGGUAUCACUGUGACUGCCCUUCUGGAACAGCUGGUGCGCACUGUGAACUUGACACGAGAGACGAGUGUGCAAGUAGCCCCUGCCAACACGGUGGAACUUGUCAGAAUCGUAUAGGUGACUAUGCAUGCUAUUGUCUGCGCACGUGGACUGGGAAGAAUUGUGAACUGUAUGAUCCAUCGUUUCCUGGAGGCAUUGGACGCCCUCCUCCAGCAGAGCCCACUGUCAGCACAAUUGGCAUUUACAGUGUUCAGGAUCUCGAUAUGGAUAGGCAGAGGCAGAAAUGCCUUGAGAACGGUUGCAGGGAAAAAGCUGGAAACCACCAUUGUGAUGAAGAGUGCAAUGUAGCUGCAUGCAACUAUGAUGGCAAUGAUUGCUCUCUUGGAAUAGAUCCUUGGAAGAAUUGCACAGCACCUAUCGACUGUCGCAGAGUCUUUAUGAAUGGAGUCUGUGAUGCCGUUUGCAAUAAUCCAAUGUGCUUAUUUGAUGGAAGAGACUGCCAGAAAUCACUUAAUCCUUGCAACCCCAUUUAUGAUGCUUAUUGUCAGAAGCACUAUGCAAAUGGUCAUUGCGAUUAUGGGUGCAACAAUGAAGAGUGCAACUGGGAUGGCCUAGAUUGUGAAAAUGAGCAACCAUUAUUGGCUGAUGGUCUUAUUUCCAUUGUGGUCCUCAUGGAUAUGCAGGUGUUCCGCUCAAAUAUUGUUGCUUUUUUGAGAGAGAUUGGCAAUCAGCUGCGCACAACUCUUAGGGUGAAGAAGGAUGAAGCAGGAAAUGAUAUGAUAUAUCCGUGGAAACUAGAAAGUGAUUCAGGUUCGAGCAUUAUGUUUGGUCGUGGAAGCUCUGGAGUGAUAGCAUAUUUGGAAAUGGACAAUCGAAAAUGUGCUUUGGAGAGUGCAGAAUGCUUCCGCUCGGCAAAUGAGGCUGCACAUUUCUUAGCUGGAACUGCAGCUAGGCACUCAAUUUCUAAAACAUUUCCAAUUUAUCAAGUUCGGGGUGUCGAGGGUCCAAUUCCUGGUGACGAACCAAGCACAAAUGUGAAGUACGUGUUCAUCGGGGUAGUGAUAGUGUUGCUCGCUGGGUUGCUCAUAGGGGUUCUCGUUACUGCUCAACGGAAACGUGCCCAAGGCAUUACUUGGUUCCCAGAAGGAUUCUUACGAAGCAGCAGUAAAAUGUCAUUUGACAGCGGUCAGCGGCGGCGUUCCCGCCGCAGGGGCCCCGACGGUCAGGAAAUGAGAAAUCUGCACAAACAACCAUCCGGAGGCUGUGUCGAUGUCACCACUGGAGCUGUGCCUGGGGCACCGGUGGGUGUAGGAGCAGGUCCUGGGCAGGCAACACAGUGGUCUGACGAUGAAGUGGACCUACACCCACCCAAAAGAUUACGUGUUGGGACCUGUGAGGCCGGUUACGCAUCAGAUCACACUGCUGUCACAGAAUAUGAGGAGGGCGAAGCACGGACGUGGACACAACAACACCUUGAGGUGGCAGACAUGAGACACAGGCCAGAUCCAGCCAUACUGACACCUCCUAGUUUGGAGGGUGGCCAAGAUGUGGAUGUACGGGGUCCGUGUGGAAUGACUCCAUUAAUGGUAGCAGCAGUUCGUGGUGGAGGCAUAGACACUGGCGAGGAUGAGGACGAUGAUGGAAGUGCAGCAGCUGUCAUUACCGAUCUCGUGGCUCAAGGAGCUGAACUUAACGCCACAAUGGACAAAACAGGAGAGACUUCUCUUCAUUUAGCAGCCCGAUAUGCUAGAGCUGAUGCUGCAAAACGUCUUUUGGAUGCUGGUGCAGAUGCAAACCUACAAGAUAAUACUGGUCGUACCCCACUACAUGCUGCUGUUGCUGCAGAUGCCAUGGGAGUUUUCCAGAUAUUGCUACGUAAUCGAGCAACCAAUCUAAAUGCUCGAAUGCAUGACGGUACUACUCCACUAAUUCUGGCUGCUCGUCUAGCGAUUGAGGGCAUGGUGGAGGAUCUCAUAAAUGCCGAUGCUGAUAUAAAUGCUGCAGAUAACUCUGGAAAAACUGCCCUUCAUUGGGCUGCUGCUGUUAACAAUACGGAAGCAGUAAAUAUACUGUUAGCACAUGGUGCUAACAGGGAUGCUCAAGAUGACAAGGAUGAGACACCACUGUUCCUUGCUGCUCGUGAAGGAAGUUACGAAGCUUGUAAAGCCCUACUGGACAACUUUGCUAACAGAGAAAUCACGGAUCAUAUGGACAGGUUGCCAAGAGAUGUAGCAGGAGAGAGGUUGCACCAUGAUAUUGUGAGAUUACUUGAUGAGCACGUUCCACGCAGCCCACAGAUGGUUACUGUCAUACCGAAUGGGCCUAUCAUAGGUUCACCAAAUCACCAUCAUCAUCUGAUUACUCACCCUACAGUAAUAGGGGCCGGUACGAAACCGUCCAAAUCUAAGAAACGUCCCAAGCCAGGAGCCAACGCAAACGGCCAGAAUGCGGCAGGUGGCAGUUCACCGACCAGCCCCGAUACAGACGGAGUGGCAGGAGUACGCCGAAAACCGAGUGUCAAGAAAUCUGGGGGAAAGAAACCGCCAGUAGGCACUCAGCCUCAGAGUGUGGAAAGUGCGGCAUCUUCGCUUUCCCCAGUCACGUCGCUGGAGUCCCCUCGCACGGUGGGCGGACCGGCAGGCGCCGCCGACGGUAGUGUUCCCAGUCCCUACGACGGCUCGGUCUACAGCAACGGCGGUCUCUCGUUACCGAAGCAGCCUCCGGCCUACGAGGACUGCGUGAAGGGCACAGCCGGAGGACCUCUACAGAGUCUGCGCGCUCUCGGGCUGGAGCAGUACGGGUGCUACGGAGGGCUAUUCGACCCCACAGGUGCCAGCCAGCAGCAGCUGCAGCUGGCGACUCUGCAGGUCCACGCCCAAGCGCAGGCCCUUUCACCACCGUACAGCAACCAGCAGUCGCCACCGCACAGUGUGAGCUCACCCGCGGCGAGCUACGGCGGUUCACCUUCGCCGGCAAAAUCGAGGCCGUCGCUACCUACCUCGCCGACACACAUGGCUGCGCUGCGUGCGGCGACUCAACAGAAACACGGACUUACUGGCCAGCAACAGGCGCAGGCUGUGGGCUUCGACUUUCCCGAUUUGGCAGGUGCGGCUGUGGGUGCCGCAGGAGCUGGACCGGGUGCAGCUUUCGGUCUCCAGCAGCAGUACUACCACUACUUGACGCCCCCAUCACAGCACUCGGAGGCGACACCUCAGCAUUAUGUUCAGGCCCCGGAUAAUUUCCCCACUCCGUCCCCAGAGUCUCCGGGCCACUGGUCGUCUUCGUCACCGCGCUCUGCGUCUGACUGGUCGGAGGGCACGAGGAGUCCCGCCUAUGCUACAGGAGCGCAACAUCAGAAACAGGCUGAGGCAAUCUACAUAUAGUUGGUAGAGACCUCCAUUGAAUGAAGUGUAGUGUUCUAUGAAAUGCACUUCCUGUUACUGGAGUGUAGAAAUCUGAAGAUUUGUGAACAGAGAAAAACUAAGUUGUGUAGGUGGUCUUCAGAAAAAUAAAUUGGAACAUGGUUUUUAAUGUCCAUUGCAUUUCUUGUGCUGAACAGUAACAUAUUACCUGUAAGAAAUGAAGUUAGUGCAUCGUGACUGAGCAAGUUAAAGUAUGUGUAUCGGCCUCGAGCACAAAAAGUUUAUCGUGAAGGUAAAUGAGAGUUUGUUUUUGAUCGUCAUUUGGUUUACAAUACGUGUGCGCAAUAGCUCUCGGUGUGAAGUUAACAGUCAGUAAUUGCUAUUGUGGAUGUGCCUAUUAGCAUCAACUUUUACCCACCUAUGGGCCACAUUUUAACAAUGGAACUGUUGCCCACUCACAGUAAGAGUGCUCUUGACUGAAGGAGCUCUGUUAUGAAAGUGGGAAGUACCACUGUGAAUUUCAGCUUUCUAAACAUUGACAGUUGGAGCCAGCUAUUUGAAACAGACAAGGAGAAAGGAAACUGUGUUUGAUAUUACACUUCUGGUAACACUGAACCUGUUUCAAAUGGAAAAAGUGUUGUUGAUGCCCUUGUGAGAAAAUUGUUUGAUGCCAAAAGACUUGCUGACUGAUGUUGCUGGGGACAAUUAUUUUUUUGAUAUUUUUUCUCUCAAGAAACAGAAAAGAGAACAGUUAUGAGGGUAAAAAAUACCUGGCAAUUAGGACGUACUAAGUGUUGUACAAAAAGUGAUUUCCCCUAUUUUGGGCUUAUUUUAUUGACUCAACUUUGUACAAAAAUGAUGUCCCUUUUUUGUGCUUAUUUUAUUAAAUUGACAUAGUGUACUCUAUUUAAUAUUUUACACUGGUUAAGAAGAGGAAGUUCUUCAAUCAGUUCAAUUGGAGCAGUAUCUAUUCCUCCUCAUUUUUUUAUAUGUACUUGUUUUUCUCUCAUUUGCUAACAGAAAAUCUUGCUCAUAAAGGAUGACAAAUGCCUUUUACCUUGCCAUGCAGUGGUGCAUCCAGAUGUAAAAUGUCUUUCAUUCCAUCAUUAUUUUUCUACAGCUUUAUAUGUGUAUGAAAAUUUGUAGCACAUAAAGUACUUGGUCUUUUAUAAAGAUAUAUUUUUAUAGUUUCCUAAGCAUGUCUUGAUUGUUGAGAGUUUGUGAUUAUAAUGAUGCGAAAAUUUUAGUUGGUGACUGUCUGACAUGUUUUAUAGUAAUGUAAAAUAGGCUGAAUAUAUUUAAUUUUAUAAUUGUUUUUAAUGUAUGUUGUAAAUAAUGUGUUUGUUAUGUACAAAGCUACUGAUGAAAGAAUUAGUGAACAAAUUGCCAGAAUACAGUAGGCAGUUGAGUACUUAAUUGUAUUCUGGGUUGGUAUGUGUAUUAUAUGUUAAGACAGAUGGCCUGAGAGUGGUUCAGAUAUUAGUGUUGUAGACUAAGACUUAGAUUUCUAUGAUUGAUCAACACUUUAUGCUGAAAGAUUCUAAGUGCCUUGAACACAAAAGGAGUGUAUUGCAAUGUUGCAAUUUCUUGAAAUGGUGUGUAAUAAUGUGCCUUAGUAUGCAGUAAUUCCAUUUCCAAAUUUCAUUUGUAAACAUAUUUGAGAGCAUCUGAUAGAGUAAAACUGAGAGUUGGUCAGAGUGAACUAUGUUUAUAUUGAAAACAUUCCUCUUGUGAAUGGAAAUUACUGCGCUCCUGUUUAGAAUCUUAGGAAGUCAGCUGUUUCACACUGCAGAUUAUAAUUAUAAUUUGAUGCUACACCUGAUGUUUCUCCUCUUUUUUCUAAAAUUUUUAAAUUUUUAAGUGACAUGCUAAACACCAGGGACCAAAGCACUCUUAAAUGGAUGCUGAAAUAUAUGACAAAGGUGUUACUUGUUUUGAAAGCAAUUGCCAGUAUUUUAAAUUGUGUUCAACGCUACAGUAUUAUGUCAUUUCACAUUAAUAUUAAAAAUUUUAGAAGAUAACACGAGGAGGUUGUUUUUUCCUCAAAUACAACAGUUUGAAACAUUAAACUAUUCAUAUUCCAUCAGUGGGUGCAUAGUAUGGUAUUUGCUGUGAAUCACUGGAUGAUAUCCUGUAUACAUGCAGAAUUCCACAGACUUUCACUAAAAUACAUUAAAAAGUGGCUCUUUUUGCCUUUGUCGUUAGCUUCAUGACCCUGUGGUAGCAAAUGAAUUUAGGAAGUGGUAUUUGCUAUUGUAAUUUGGUUAAUAAAAACAUUUAUUCUUGA